AUGGCACCCAUCGCCGAUGCGCCGAGCCCAGAGGUCUUUGGCAUAGCCCGACGAACCCGACGAACCCUAGGAAUAGCCCUUUUGCUAGUCGUGGUUUUCUUAUGGACAGCAUCAAAUUUCCUCGGAAGCACGAUCUUUGCCGAUAAGACAUAUGCCAAGCCCUUCUUCGUGACCUACCUUAACACCUCGCUGUUCACAAUGCCCCUCGUUACCAUCCUGAUCAGUCGCACAUGGAGCCUCUGGCGCACCAAUCGUAUCUCCCGCGUGGACUCCCUCCGGAGCCUGCUGCAUCAUUUGGACUCAGAUGAUCCAAAACAUAGCGAGGAGCGCGAUUAUCUGCGUAACGGGUCCUUGGAGGACUAUGAAUCUGGUGGUGAUGAGCGGGACCUGGGACCGCAGGCGGGUGAAGGAAAGCUGGGGUUAAAGGCGACGGCUAAGCUGAGUUUCCAGUUCUGUUUACUUUGGGUAUAUAUCCUGCAUGUCCGGGCGAACUACUUUGCUAUGGGGUGUCUGCAGUACACGACUGUGGGAAGCACGACCAUCUUAACAUCCACUAGCGGAGUCUGGACCCUCGUCUUCGGUGCCAUCAUUGGCGUCGAGAGAUUUACAGUCCGCAAAUUCCUCGGCGUAGUCGCAUCCUUGAUCGGUAUCAUCCUGAUCUCGCGCGUGGACCUCACAAAACCAGAGGAUGCCAAUACCACCGCAGAUGGCAGCCAAGGCUCGUUCCUGCACAAGACGACUGCGGAGAUCGCGCUUGGAGACGCCAUGGCUGCAUUCAGCUCAAUCUUGUACGGCAUCUACACGAUCGUCAUGAAGAAGCAGGUUGGCGACGAGUCGAAGGUCAAUAUGCAAUUAUUCUUCGGUCUCGUCGGCUUCUUCAACCUCGUAAUGCUAUGGCCUGGGUUCUUCAUUCUGCACUGGACGGGCGUGGAACCAUUCUCGCUUCCGGAUACGAAGCGGGUCUGGACGAUUAUUCUGGUGAAUGCCGUUUCUUCAUUCGUCUCUGAUAUAGCAUGGGCGUACGCCAUGCUCCUCACGACUCCUCUCGUCGUGACCGUCGGCCUCAGUCUGAACAUCCCAUUGUCUUUGGUCGGCCAAAUUGUGCUUCAAUCACAAUAUGCCAGUCCACUCUAUUGGGUCGGUGCUGCUAUUGUAUUCCUGUCCUUCUUGAUUGUCAACCACGAAAGCAAGAUAGAGGACGAAAAUUCGGCUGAGAUAGUCCCGACCGUCCUCUGGUGA